UCGGAAUGUGGGAAGAGCUUCAGGAGGAGAGCCAACCUCAUGGAGCACAGCAGGGUCCACACUGGGGAGAAACCCUACAAGUGUGGGGAGUGUGGGCAGAGCUUCAGCUGGAGCUCCCAGCUGCUUCUCCACCAGAGGAGGAUCCACACCGGGGAGAGGCCCUACGAGUGCCAGCAGUGCGGGAAGAGCUUCACCUGCAAGUCCCACCUGAGCAGCCACCUGAGGACUCACACUGGGGAGAAGCCCUACGAGUGCGAGCAGUGCCACAAGAAGUUCCAGAGCAGCUCCUCCCUCGUCGUCCACCGGCGCUCGCACACGGGCGAGAGGCCCUUCCCGUGCCCCGAGUGCGGGAUGAGCUUCAAGGAGAACUCGGCCCUGGUCAGGCACCGCCGCACCCACUCCGGGGAGAGGCCCUACGAGUGCGGGCAGUGUAAAAAUUCCUUCCCGACCAGCUCCCUGCUGGCCGAGCACCAGCGCAUCCACACCGGGGAGAAGCCGUUUGGCUGCCCCGACUGCGGCAGGGGCUUCAGGCAAAAGUCCAGCCUGGUCAAGCACCGGCGCAUCCACACCGGGGAGAGGCCGUACGUGUGCGGGCGCUGCGGCAAGAGCUUCACGCAGAGCUCCAACCUGUUUGCCCACCAGAGGAGCCACGCGGAGCGGCCCUACGAGUGCGAGUACUGCUGGAGGAGCUUCUCGCAGAGCUCCAGCCUGAUCGUGCACCAGAAGUGCCACACCGAGGUGAGGCCCUACGAGUGCAGGAAGUGCGGGAAGAGCUUCACCACCAGGUCCUGCCUGCUCACCCACCAGAUGAUCCACACCGGGGAGCGGCCCUACGAGUGCGGGCAGUGCGGGAAGGGCUUCAUGUCCAAGUCCCACCUGAUUUACCACCAGAGGGGCCACAGCGGGGAGAAGCCCUACGAGUGCGAGCAGUGCAAGAAGAGGUUCCUGACCAGCUCCCAUCUCCUCAGCCACCAGCUGAUGCACACCGAGGAGAGGCCGUUCUGCUGCCCCGAUUGCGGCAAGGGAUUCAGGCAAAAGUCCAAGCUGGUCAUGCACCGGUGCGGCCACACCGGGGAGAAGCCAUUCCAGUGUCCCCCAGUGUGGGAAGGGCUUCACCACGAGCUACAGCAUGACCAGACACCUGGAGAGCCAGCACUGAGGUGGGAAGAGCUCCGUGGGCUGCUCCAGCUCCAUCCCACACGGGAGGAUCUGCUCUGGAUGGGGCCCAGUGGGCCCAGGUGGGCAGAGCCACCUUGAUCCGUGUUUGGAGGACACCUGGCUGAGGGCUCCUCAUCCUCCUGCCCAGGUGGGCAGAGCCACCUUGAUCCGUGUUUGGAGGACACCUGGCUGAGGGCUCCUCAUCCUCCUGCCCAGGUGGGCAGAGCCACCUUGAUCCAUGUUUGGGGAACACCUG